UACACAGCCACAGACGCGUCGCUUGAGCAGCACUACACCAAAUUCCAAUCUCGAGCUCGCCAUGAACGAACAGAUCUCAAUGCGCGUCAACUCUGCCCGUCUUUCCGGAGUAAAGGGCAGGACAGUCCGCCUCCCUUGCAAAGUACUCCGACUCUCAGAUGACAUUGCCAUCGUCGAAGCGAGUGAUGGUGGUCAGGUUGAAAUUCAAAGGAAGAAUGUGGAUAUGACUGCCACCUAUGUCGAAGUUAUUGGAAACGUGGUGGAUGCAUCCACAAUAAAAGCCAUGGCGACACUCCCGUUGGAUUCAGAAGGCGAGCUAGAUAUGCAACUGGUCAACGACGUGAUUGAGCUUACGUUUGAAUCGAGGUUCGAUAAGCUUUUCCCUCGGUACAAAGACACAUAGCCUAGUGUGCCUGCACAUUGAUUAUCUACCAGCACAUACAAACUUCUCGUUGUUCUCGUUGUAUUUUACCGCAUUACAUCACAUAAAUUGGGAAAAUUA